AACCCCUUGGGCUGCCCUCGCUCGACUGAUUGCCUGCAUUUAAUCAAAUUAAUUAAUGGCACAUUUCACAUUCAUCAUUUGCCCGGUUGCAUAUUUUCCCAUUCUUCGAUGCAGCAAAAAGCCAGUGCGCCGCUUCGGGCUUCUCUGGCUGGAGCCACGCCCACAUUUUCCCAUUUUCCCGCCCUUCGCUCGCGAUUGAGAUUGAAAUUGCACGGCAGUCUCCGCUUUUCACACACCACACCGCUUUUUGUUGCGAAAUUGUUGUGUUCGGUGGCAUUCUUUUUUGUUUUGUUUUUUUUUUUGGCACAAAUCAACGAACUGCAAAAUUCAAUUGAAAAUCGCUGAAUGCAAGUUAAUCAGUUCGCUUGGCUACGCUAAUUAUGUGGCCAAUAUAUGUGUGUGUAGAGGUGGGCGGACUGAUAUAUUUACAAAUAUUCUCGGCUGCGAGGAGCGUGUGUGCGGAUAUCUGGGUAACGUAACCAAAUUAUUCGGUUGUCGAAUGGUCUGCAAUUUAAAUUGCACCAAAUUGAUGGCAUUGGUUGUCCUUGCAAAUUGAUAAACAAACAAUAAAUUGAACAUCGAACCUCGUUGAAGUAUAUUCCAAGCGAAUCCAAUGCAUUGAUAAAUUGGGCAUGUAGUCAGAAUUGUACCUUUGGAAAUAUAUCUACUAGGAUGGAUAACCCAUCUAAAUCUGAGUGUUCCGAUUUAUCCGAUACAUUGCAAUUCCACACAAUACUGCCCUUAUUGUUGCCAAACAAUUGGCAGCUCUGCUAGGGCAAUUUGUUAUUCGGUUUAAGUUAUUAGAAACCAUUUAUUGUCCAUUAAUUUGUUUCCAAUCAUUGCCGCCAUGAAUCAUGAAACAGUUUGGGAAUAUUUAUAUAAAUCUUAGUGAGCCCGGCUUAAUUUAUCGCCAAACAUUUCUGUACAAACACAAGCUCUGUAAAGUAAAUGCAUAUAUUUAAGAAGUAAAGUAGCAACACAAACAUGGAGAAGAGCACACAGAAGAUCAACAAUGAGGACCGGCAGAAUUUCGUGGCCACUCGCAUGAGUAUGCCGCUUUUUAUGGCGUCCCGUAAUCGUAUUAGAAAGGAAAAUUUGCCGCGACUGGAGAAGCAAUUUAAGUUGGCUGGCCAGCAUUAUAAUGUGGCUUGCCAGAAGGAAAACCGACGAGAGGCCUUCAGCAAGGCCACUUUUGAUCACUACCGCCACAUUAUGGGCUUCGACAAGACGCCAAAGAAUCCGUAUCCGGAACGGCGACCGCUCCACAUUGAUCGCAACAUGACCAAAUGGAGGGGCUGGCAACUGCCCCCCAAUCAUUACGGAGUGCCCCCGGAACCGUACCUCCGACUGAAGGGCACCAAGGGCUCCGUCUUCGCCAAGCCGCACACGAACCACAGUCGAGUGUCCAUCAAGCCACCGCCAUACCACUUUUACGAACUUCCGGCGGAAAUUGAGAGGCUCUUCAAGCGCCCCAACUUGCAAAAGGGCAUCUUCCUUUCAAAUGCCCGCGAUCGUCGACCCACUACGCAUGCGAUGAUCUCCAAUCUGUCUGGCUGUUGGCGCAAUCCCAAGGAUGCCGGUCCCUGCGACACCCAUACAAACGUCUUUGAGCUGGCCGCAAAUGCCGUUCCCGUCACCAAGGCACCACGCCCCAAUCCGCACCUGUUCCUGCGCCUCUCCUGCGUGCCCACCAAGCCCAGUCGCUUGAUCCGGCGCCACAUCAGCAUGGAGCCGGCACCGGGUCGUUACUGCACCAGCUAUCCGAAUGUGUGUCCUUGUCCGGCGGGCAAGACCAGUGUGCCGGGACUGCAGCUGAUGAUCGAUGACCAGAAGCGCCUGAAGUUCCGGCGCCAGCCAUUUGAGAGGAUCAGCCGAAAGCGACUCUGUGAGCCGGAUUGGCGCCACGUCGAGGGACAGGGCCACCGGCAUCUCUUCCAGAUGGGGCGCAAGGAUAGGCCAAAGCCCACCAAGAAACCAACUUCCUCCAAAAAGCAGGGCAAGCCGAUCACCAUGUACGCCGAUUCCAAGUACAUUAACAUGCUGUGCCAGCCGCAGCGACAUCCCAUCUCCAUACGAACGUAUCCGGUUCCUCCGUACGUGCCCAAGAUCACCUACAACUGUGCGGCCAAGCGCGUGAUCCGUAAGCAGUUGAAGAACAACAAGAAGAUCGCCUUCAAUAGUGGCCAGGAGCGGUGGAAGGAUGGCGAACGACCGAUGCAGCUGACCGCCCGCCAACUGGAGGCCAUCAAGCAGAAGCUUCCGCCGGAGCGGCGACUGAUGGACUACCCCAUUGAGCUGCCCGAGGUGAUACCCAGUCGUCUGACCCAGGUGCCCGAUCACCAGAGGGUCACCUAUAUGCCCAAGUUGCGCAAGCGCCUGUUCAAGUUCCUGCCGAUUCCCGGUGCCCGGGUCCUGGUUACCGACAGCGAUAUACGGCCGGACAUUGUCUUCGAUCCGGAGCACCCAACCGGACUGUACCGGCGUAAGAUCGACGAGACCACAUUCUACAAGGACUCCGUGUUGCGGGCAAUGGAGAACCAGGAGGAUUUAGAUGCCAGCGGCUUGAACGAUUCGCCAUCGCAGUCGCAGUUGGAGUCGCCGCAUCAGUCCAUAAGCCGGAACAAUGAUGCCUCUGCGAACCCGACGGAACGCGCUUCCCAGAUAUCGGUUCAUGAAUAAUGUGGCCAGGGGGCUCUGCUCCACGUUUGUUCCAGUUUCGAAUCCUUUUCGUUUUUGAUUUAUGAUCCACGCCCCAGUGAAUUCACGUGGCCACAUGCAGCUAAGGCAAGUGCUAAGUGAUGGCCGAAGAAAAAUAAGCUAAAAAGCCCUAAAUAAAGAUGGCAAAAUUAUUCACUUGGAAAA